UCCACGGCAACCAUUAACUCUUUUCAUAUGUACUAGUUUAGUUCGACUCAGAAGAAAACGAUCGCCGGUUUCGCCACCAUUCCCUGCAUGUCCUCCCAACCAUGAAUCUCCCCGGCGAGAUCGAGGAAUUCCUCUCUCGCUUCCUCGGCUACGAAGGAUUUCGCUUUCAUCUGCGACGUUACCUGCUCUUCGCCACGCUUUUCGCGCUCGUCGUCGUCGGCUACGUCUCGUCCGUUGCACAUCAUAGCGCGAAUCUCACCGCCAGAUACGGUUUCAACCCCGACGAUCGGCAAAUCACGCCACUAAUCCCGGAAAAUGACACGAGAAGCGGCACGUCUUCACAAGAAAUCCCUGUGGGGAAAUCCGGGGAGGGAGGAAGGCGAGUGGGGGAAACGGGGGGAGAGGAGCCGGACGAAUCAAGAAUAGGAGGGGAAGGAGGGUCGGAGAAAGAGGAAGGGGCAGCAGGGGAGUCAAGGACAGGGUCAGAGACAGCGGACAACAAUCAGGCAGGGGAAGGGGGAAGGGAGGAGGCAGGAACAGGGGACGGGGAAGGGGAAACGGGGAGGGAGGAGGCAGGAACAGGGGACGGUGAAGAGGAAAGGGGAGGGAAAGGGGAAGGAGCAGGGGCAGCAGCGUCAGUGACAUCAAGAUCAGCAGCAGCAGCAGCAGCAGCAGGAGGAGGGGAGAAGGGCCGUGGGAAGUGCGCGGUGGAGAAGGGCGCGUGGGAGAGGGACGGCUCGUACCCCUUGUACUCCAGCACCUGCCCUUUCAUCGAGCCCCGGUUUGCCUGCAGCGGGAGGCCCUCUUCCGGCUUCGCCAAGUAUCGCUGGCAACCUGCCGGCUGCUCGCUGCCGCGGUUCGAUGCGGAGAAGCUUCUCAGCAGCUUCCGGGACAAGCGUGUUGUGUUCGCAGGCGAUGCUGUUGCAAAGCAGAUGUUCCUCUCUCUGCUCUGCCUUGUAUGGGCUCACACCUCCUCCUCUUCCUCCUCCUCCUCGCCUUCGUCGGCCAUGUAUCGAGUAGCACUGAAGUCUAUCGCCUCGAUUGGCCGUGCAACGAAGGUGGAAAAGGCGGCGAUCAAGUCAGCAGAUGCAUCAAUCUGGCGUUCAGCCGAGGGAAAUGUAACGUUCGUUUUCUUCCCCACGGAUUACCUGGUAACCACCAGCAGCAGCAGUAGUCGACGGGCAUCUCAGGUGCAAGUACUCCUGAAGCAGAUUGGUCCCUGGCACACCUAUGCCAAGCAGCAUGCGGAUCUCCUUGUGCUGCACGCAGCAGGAGCCUUCUCCGACAAUGCCUUCCUCCCUCCCAUUGCCACAGCAACGCCCUACGGCAACAGCAGUGAUGCCAGCAGCAGCAGCAGCCAGCCAGUUGUCUUUCUAGCUAGUGCCUCUCCUGCAGAUACCACGUCCAGCAAAGGCCAUUCGUCCCACGAUUCUCUAUCUGCCUUCCACACUGCUCUUCAGACUGUCAAUACCUGGGCUCAGAGCACCCCUCGACUGAAGAACAUUCCUGUGUUCUUCCUCGGGACUCCCGGCCACCAUUUCUCCUCCAGCAAAGACCCCACCUCUCCUCGCUAUAAGAACAUAUGGAAGGCCAAGUGGACUGGCAAGGGUACGUGUGACACAGUGAAGGUGCCUUUAGAGAAGCCUCACAGGGACAAAGAGAGGCAGGGGGUUAUCGACAGCGAACUGGCUAGCAAUGAUAGCAGCAGCAGCAGCAGCAUACUCUUGGAAGGGGUCAAUAUUUUGCCGAUUGGGCAGACUUCCGCUGCCCGUGCAGAUGCCCAUGUUAGCAAGUGGCAUGGUCACACUGGCAGCUCAAGACAAGAUUGCGUGAACUUUUGCCUGCCUGGCGUCCCGGAUAUUUGGAAUGAGUUUUUGCUUGAAAGGUUACACCCAUUGCUCUAAUGGUAAGGAGCUACCAGUUUCCCUCGUGCCAAUAGGCAUGCAUGUGAGAUGGUCAGGUCAAUUGACAAGUAUAUCCCAACACUAGAACAAGUCCUUCAUGUCAAACAUAUGUGUGUAUGUUUAGUAGACUACCUAGGGUCAUGCCAUAGAGAGUACAACCCACUAGCCAUAUACCCCUGUA